GUUACCAGUAAAUCAGGUUUGAGCUCCAGGAUAAUGUUUUGUACACAUCUGAAGAAAAGGGUUGUCUGACACAGAAGGAAUGGAACAGGAAGCUUCUAGCCAGCAGGUAGCAAACAUGGAGGCCACAGACAUGAGCAAAGAAAAAGUGCCAAGGAGGGUGAUUCACUUUGCUAAUGGAGAUACUCUGGAUGAGUAUAGCACUGAUGAAGAAGAGGAAACUAAGCAGGAACUUAAGAAGACUUCAAUUGAAACAUCUAAACUGUCAUGGGGACCGUAUAUUUGGUUUUGUAUGGCACAACUUACCAGGGUGACUUUACAUACCUGUGAUUAUCUAGGAGAAAGAGUGACAAAUCUCUUGGGACUUAAUUCACCAAAAUACCAGUAUGCUAUUGAUGAAUACUUCAGAACUCAAAACGAGGGAUCAGCAGAUGAAGAUGGGGAGGAAGUCACAGAGAUGCAGGAGUGUAGCCAGUCUCAUGAAAAGCAACACCUUCCUCUCCAGAAUGUUGAAUAUGGUACAAUACAAAAGAACACUUCCGUGGAAGAUAUCAAUGAAGUUGCACAGCAUGGAAUUCAGAACACCGGCUAGAGUAAAGGCGAUGUCAUCAGGACUGGAAAUCUAAAACAUUCUGAAUGAAAAUAUGCAUAAGAAGCGCUGAAUGCACUUUGCCUGUUUGACUUCUUUUUGAUGUAAACCAUUUGGAAGCUGUCAGAAGUGAUAAUCAAUAUCAAUGUUGCAAUGUGAUGAUGAUUACAUACAUUAGAGCCAGCUUUUGGGUGGCUUUACAGAAUGAAUCAAACCUUGACCAGAAUUACUGAUCAGAGCUGAUCAUGUUAGUAAAGUAUAUGAGAUUUAGUUUUGAUUGGCUGAGAAUGGGAGUAAACUAGCUAACAGACUCAAGUGGCCAUCUUAAUCAGUGUUUAAAAAGACCAGAUAAAUGCUUAUAUUUCAUUACCUUAGCUCACCAGCAGGUGUCAAUAAUGUUUGUAACAGAGGUGUGCCAUGUGAAACAGUCUUAUGUGUUAGGUUAGCUGGUUCAAAAGUUGGUUAUGCUUUUUAAAAGUCUGAUUUUAGAUUAUUCUAGGCUAAAAACCAAUGAAUCAAGGAAUCAGGGAUAAAGUUGUGAUCCAAUUAAAGCUGAUGUUUGAAAUCCUACAAGGCAGGCUCCAAGAAGGAAAUAACAGGGUUUUUAAAUUAAUGUUAAAAAGUGACAGGGGAGUGGAAGUCAGUGUUAAUGAGGUGACAAUAUUUACAGGAUAUGUUGUAUUUAUAUAACAAAUCUAAAUAAACACUGCAGUGCAUUGAUUUUUAGUUUUACCGUCUCUGAAUGUGUUUGUAGAAUAGAAAUAAACAGUAAGUCUAAAUAAUGUGUUUUACACAGAUUCUGUUGCAUGCAGAACUCAUAGAGAAUGUGCCAGAAUUAAUUACCUCAGAGUACGCCUUGACCAAAUGAAAACGAAGAGGUUAAGAGGCUUGGAACCAUGAAACAGUGAAUACCUUUUAUCAUCAUUGGCCCACACCGCUUUUCUCAAACUUUAAUGCCAAACGUUUUAACUAGAGUUACAGAGGGAAAAAAAUAGGUCAUCAUGCUCAUAUUUUUUUAAAAAUGUAAGUUUAGAAACAAUAGUUUUAUAUCACUGAGACAGUGAGGGACCAGAGUUUCUGGGCUGCUAUUCAACGACAUUAAUAAUUUAGCUUCCCUGCUCUCGUUUCUUUAUCGGGAAAAACAUUGAACAGUUUAUUUACUUCAUUUUUAGACAGUUUCCGGUAAGGGCAGUUACAAUGUGGAUCAAGUAAGCUAUGCACCAGACCUUUGAAAUUAAAGUAGAGCCUUUUAGCUAGUCGGUAGCCUUUCUAAUAGAAGGGAAAAGUGUGAGUAUCAACUAGAAUCAUAAUGAUUAUGACAUCCAUAACUUCUGUAAUAGCUUAUGACUAGGAUUGCCUUCGCUUCCAUGGUGUGUUUUUGUAAGAUUGAUAACAUUUCACAGGAAAUGACUGCAGGGCUGCUGUUUUCACUAUGGUAGCGUAACCUUCUGGAGUAACUUUUUGUUUAAACCCAUAUGGGAUACUUUAAU